AUGAGGAACCUUCCACCGGGGCUGGACUUCCUUCUGGUCCUGCAAACCGGAGAGAUCUGCUUGGCACUCGCCCAGGGAAUCUUGUAUGUUGAGACAGUUAAAGCCCCAAGGUUGAAAGCCUGGAGUCUAAGCUCACCUAACGGCACCCCAGUUUCUCAUGUUCUCUGUGUGUUUCAGGCAUCGGGUUCAGAAGCAGAGUGUGAAUCUGCUGACAGGUGUGAUGUUUACGAAGAGCAGAGUCUGAUUGCCUGGUACAUCUGGUUCUACAUCUCCCUUUUCUUGGCUGCGAUCCUUCUGUGCAUCACCGCCUGCUGCCUGCAGCGCUGGGUGAAACGGCGGAGGCCCUCCUCCUCUCAGCGGACAGUCGCCGUGUUUGCCCUCAGCGACGCCGAUUCAGGACACAAGAGUGACGGUAGGCUGAGGACCGUGCCUCCAAUCCACCCUCACCCCCAGUGGAGCUCCUCCGACUUCAUCUUUGAUACGGUGGUGAGGAAUGGGCCACCUCCGUCCUACGAGGAGAUCGUGAAGCCAGGGGCCACCCAGAGGUGCUGCUCAGCUUCCAGGCUGAGGGGGGACAUGGCCGCAGAUCCACUUUCAUGGGGAGAGGACUCAGAGUCCUAGCUAGAGGGCCGUGCUGGGACAUGGGCAGCUCUGG